UCGAAUCGAACAAGCUGGUUGUCACAAUUUAGAGAAGCUAUUGACGUGACUCUGGUAUGGCUUGAACACAAAGGUCAAAAUAUGAAAGUGGAUGCAAAAAAACGAGAGCAAAUAUUGAGAAGACUGUUUAAUUUAACAAAAAUCGGGAUUAACGCUCGAAUCUUCGUGAUAAUGGAAAUAGUUAGCGCAUUUCUGACAAGCGAUCAAGAUCCGUUUCCAGGAAAGCGUCAAUACAUAGUGCAGUGUUUGGAAGAUGUCAAAGACAACCAGAAAUCCAUUGAGAGUUUAGUCGCAGAUGCGAGCAGGUUGCUUAAAGAAAUGUUGGGUGGUGAAAGCGUCGAUUUCCUAAAGGGCAUGCAGUUUGACAACAUCGUUAGGGAAGCAAAAACGAAGAUUGAUUUGUGUAGCCGGCGAUUGAACGGAGCAGAAAAAGCUAUUAAUGAGCUUGCUGGUAAAAUGAAAACCAUUAAAUGGAGUUUGCGUGGUAUGCGUGGUGCAGGUUUGGCGUUCACUACUUAUUUUCUGUUCAAGCGAUAUCAGGAAUCCAGUCAUUCGUUAUUGGACCUGUUGCAGUUUGGUGGGUUAACCCUGGUCGCAUUUAUCCGGUGUUUUAGGCAAUUUCUGGACACAGAGAGCGUUUUCUACGAGUUUAUUGCAAAACUCGAAUCGCAACACUGCUUGUUGAAGGAGAAACUGGAAAAUUUGCGCAUAAGCUUGACGAGCGCUAAAGAUUUUAGAGAUGGACCAUUGAAAAGUGUAGUAUUUAGCAGUAAAAUAUAACAACCUAUUUAAUUUAAAAACUUUAAGCAAACUAUUCAACUAUGUAUAGAGUUUGCCAACUACUCAUUAAAUAUAAAACCAAUUAAGGUCAGAAUGGCUAUAACUAAGAAGACUGAUGGACAAAUGAAUGACAAGCUGAUGAACAGCGUAGGCAAUAAUAGAAAAAGUUGCAUACAAUUUGUUUCAUUUAUUAUACAGAGAUCGGGAACAAUGGAGAAAGUCAAAUCAUUUCUGACUGGCGACAAAAAUCUGAGCUUUUUCUAAACAUUUUUCAAUGAAAGCACUUAUAAGUUAUUACAUAAUUGCUCAAACUUUCUAAAAUGUUCCUUAAUACACGUUAAUAUUUA